UUUGUUGUAUAGUCAACUGUUUUUUCUUUUUUUUCUUCUUUUUUUUAGAGCUGGACUGGGGCAUGCCUGUAGCGGAUGGUUCUUUUCUCUUUUCUGUUCUUUUUUUUUUUUACCGCAUUCAACAGUGUUUCCAGGGGGCGAAAGUCGAGGCUGGAACAGAGGAGGCUUGUGGCACAAGAGUGUGUGUGAGUGGGGGGGAUCAGCUGAAGUGAAGCCGUCUAUCCUUUAAGGAUGGUGCGUGCGUGCGUGCGUGCCUGUGUGUGCGGGAGCGGAGGAUGGACGGCGGAGGUGGUGGUUGUGGUGGCGGCGCGACGGGGGGGGGGCAAGUGUAAUUUAAUGCAAUGAACUGAGGUAUCACGAGCCUAAUGUGAAGUCUCACCAGUGUUUUCGACGAUGCCGGCUUGGACACUUUUACCAUGGAGCUGCGAGCUUUAAGAGUGAAAGAGGAGGAUUUUUGCGCAUCUGGAGUGGAAAUAAACCAACACAUCCACAUCUGUGAAGUGUGAUUUUUUCAAAAAAGAGAAAAAAUCUCGCUCCUAUAUGUGGAUUGAUUUUUCCCCCUGCUCUCUCUUCUCAGCAUUCCCUCAGUCAGUCGACGGAUUUUUGCCAUUACAGCUCAGUAGAGGGUGUCAGAUCUUUCUUAGAGCACCGCGCUAGGAUGAGCACAGUCUCCGCCGCGUUCCUCUUUUUGUGAUUCUCCCCCCCACCCCUGAAAAAAAAAGGAGAAGAAGAAGAAGAAGGGGGGAGAGAAAGGAGGAGGAGGAAGAAACGGCGCAAACGAGCGAGGCGCCGAAGGAUGCGAAGGGGGGAUGCGGGUGUUUUGCAGCGGUGGGAUCGCCUCUAAAGCGUCCAGCGCAGGGUGUGAAUUCAGCACCGGGGGGAGAGGGAACAGCUCCCGACGCCGCCGCCGCCGCAGCAUCAGCAGCAGCAGCAGCAGCAGCAGCAGCACGACUGGAGGGGAGGAGAGAGAGAAAGAGAGGGGAGAGAGAGAGAGGAAAAAAGGGACGGAUUUGUUCAUUUUUUUCUUGCCAAGGUCAGUCUUAAACUGAACUGAAAAAGCAAACAACAACAACAACAAAAGAUGUGUUGGACUCUACUGCCGCGCUGGCUGUUUUUGAUUUCUAUCAUAAACACGCGGAGGCUCUGAGGAUUCAGUCGAUGUGAAAGAGACGCUUAUGUGGUCAUUUUCAAAACUGGAAGUCUGGACGCAAGAGCAGGUUAGAUGCAGCAUGGAUCUGUUAUAAAAGACUGCCUUUUCCUCUCCUUUAAAUGUCUCUAUCUCCCUCCUUUUCCCCCCUUCUGAUUCUGAUCGAUGUAGACUAAAUUCACAGCUCGUAUGUCUUGAAACCGGGAAUGAAUUGUCCACGUUAAAAAAAUGCUGCUUUGGAUUGUUCUGCUGAAUGCGGCUCUUUGUGUUGCUAGUGGAAAUGUUACAAGGGACGUUUGUAAGGAGCAGAUAUGCUCUUGCAACGAGAUCGAGGGAGAUCUGCACAUAGACUGCGAAAAAAGGAGCUUCACCACUCUGCAGCAUCUGACCGGCCCGAGCUCGCAGUUUUAUCACCUGCUGUUGCACGGGAAUUCUCUGUCCAGGCUGUUUCCCAACGAGUUCGCCAACUUUUACAACGCCGUGAGCCUGCAUUUGGAAAACAAUGGCUUGCACGACAUUGUUCCCGGCGCCUUUCUGGGGCUGCAGCUGGUGAAACGGCUGCACAUCAAUAACAAUAAGAUAAGAUCAUUCAGGAAGAGUACAUUUCUGGGGUUAGACGACUUGGAAUACCUCCAAGCUGAUUUCAAUCUAUUGAGGGAUAUUGACCCCGCCGUUUUCAGGGACCUUAAUAAACUUGAAGUGUUAAUACUUAACGACAACCUCAUCAGUGCGCUACCUAUAAACGUGUUUCAACAUGUGCCCAUUACGCAUCUCGACCUGCGGGGGAACCGAAUCAAAACGUUGCCUUAUGAAGGGAUCCUCGAACAAAUACCGGGCAUUGCGGAGGUUUUGUUGGAGGACAACCCGUGGGACUGUAACUGCGACCUGGUUUCUCUUAAGGAAUGGCUGGAGAACAUACCGCAUAACGCGCUCAUUGGGAGGGUGAUAUGCGAGGCUCCCACCAGGCUCCAAGGGAGCGACUUAAACGAGACGUCAGAAGAGGAUCUGUGCCCUUCGCAGAGCGGCGGCGUGGACGCCAGCCUGGUCGCCCCUCCCACCCAGGAGGAGACCUCGGAGCCCGCGGCCCACGGCCCGCGUCCCACGCCUUACAAACCCAGCGGAGACGCCGGCGGGCCACCGACGCCUGGUGGCGGCCACGGGCCCAAAAGCCGCUCCAAAUCUCGUGAGAACUGGCAGCUGAAAACCAAGCCCACUCCGGUGGUGACAGGUGUGAGCGGCGGGGAAAGAGAGCAGCUGCACAACAUGACCUGCCCCCAGCCGUGCAACUGCAAGCUGGUCGGUUCCAGACAGGGGCUGGGGGUCAACUGCGAGGGGAAGAAGAUCGAGAGCUUGUCCAACCUCAAGCCCAAGCCCCUGGCCGCUCACGAACUGAACAUGAGAGACAACAACAUACACGCAGUGAAGAAGAACCAGCUGCUCGGCUACUCCAGCCUCAACCUGCUCGACCUGGGUGGGAACAACAUCAAGGUGAUUGACAACAGCACUUUCCAAAACCAGAGCGAGCUGAGGUGGCUGUAUAUGGAUAAGAACUACCUGGAUACCCUGAUAGCAGAGAUGUUCGUGGGCCUUGUGAAUCUGGAAUAUCUCAGUUUGGAAUACAACGACAUCCAGCUGAUAGUGGCAGGUGCAUUCAGCCCCAUGCCAAACCUGAGGGUUCUGUUCCUCAACAACAACUUGCUGAAAUCUUUACCCGUGGAUGCUUUCCUUGGGAUUUCUUUAUCCAAAAUUAGUCUGCAUAACAAUUAUUUCCCCUAUCUCCCCGUGGCUGGCGUGUUAGACCAGCUCAAUUCAAUCAUACAGAUCGAUUUGCACGGGAACCCGUGGGAUUGCUCGUGCAACAUCGUGCCCUUCAAGCAGUGGACGGAGAAGCUCGGGGCCGACGUGAUCGUGAGCGACCUCAAGUGCGAGUCCCCCGAAGAGUUCUGGAAGCGAGAUUUCCGCUACGUCCGGAACGACCUCAUGUGCCCCAAACUCUAUGACAGAAUCUCCCCCACCUCCCUGUCCAAAAACAGCACUUUCACCCUGGACUCGGGGACGCGCUCGAACUCCUACUUGGAGCCCAACAGGGUCUCCAUCUCGGUGCUCGUCCCCGGGUUGCUGUUGGUGUUUGUCACGUCCGCGUUCACUGUCGUGGGGAUGCUUGUGUUUAUUUUGCGGAAUCGAAAGAGGUCAAAGCGGAGGGAGGGCAACUCCUCCGCCUCGGAGAUCAAUUCCUUACAGACGGUGUGUGACUCGUCUUAUUGGCACAGCGGGCCUUAUCACGCAGACGGGGGCGCGCACCGGGGCUUCGACUGCAGCACGCACCUCUCCACGACAAACGAUGCGUAAAAAGGGUGAUGGUGGUGGUGAGGGGGGGGUUGGGGGUGGACUCUGGUACAAAUAAGCCUACACCAGACUGGAUUACAAACAGACACACACAGACAGACAAGACUGAGAAAUGACUAAAACAGCAAGAGUCACCCGCUUUCGUUCGUCCACAGGCGAACACAGACUUGUUUAAUGUCUUGUUUUCUCCAAGUAAGUCAGUCUGCUGCUGCACAGGCCCCCACUCUGUAAUAUAUGUAUAUGCCAAGCCCCCCCGCUCCCCCCCAAACCCACGCCCCCCGGCUGAAAAAAAAACCCUCCCUCCCUUCCUCCCUCCCUCCUCAGUUCUGCUAUUUGCCGCAAUCGGACUACGGAUCAGUAUGAGACAGAAAAGAGGGAGAGGAGGGGGAAAAAAGAGGGAGAGAGAGGGCGUGUGUGUGUGCGAGAGAGAAAGAGAAAGAGAAAGAAAGAGAGAGAGAGAGAGAACCUCCGGUGGGAAUGGUGCACGAGCGCAUGAAUGUAAAUGUAAAUACUCGGACCCGAUGUAUCAUAAUCUGCAUGAUGAUAUUUCGCAUGGUUUCAACACACACAGACACACACACACACAGACACACACACGCACGUGCGUGCGCACGCGCGACGGCGAGGAACCAUAACCACCAACAAAGAAGCAAACUCGACCCUUUCAUGUUAUAUCAAUAUGACGACUAUAUAUAGAUAUUAAGAAUUAUGUAUGACUAUUACAAAGUGCCAUUUCUCUAUUUUUUGUGAACCUGCAGUUAGGAAUUUGUAUUUGUUGUUUUAAACUUGUUUGGAGAAAAGAGAACAAAAAAAAAUCAAUAACUGAUAUUGAUGACUAUCUGGAGAGGAAGUGAUGGAAGUGAAGCUGUCAGUGCAUGUUAUUUUUCUGUUCGUUAUCAUUUGAUUGUCGAUAAAUAUUUGGGGUUAUUUAUACCGUACUAGAUGGUGCAGAUUAAAAUCCACGUCUGCAGCAGUCAUCAUCUCCUUUAUGAAUGUAAAACUGUGUUCUUUUAUGGUGUGCCAAUUGUUGACUUUUCAAGAUAUUCCAGACAUGCAGAUGAGCAUGACCAAUUAACGUCACUCAGAUGCUUAUGCUGCAAAGUUAAUGUAGCUACAAUAACAGUUCCGUGGUUUUUGUGUGUCAAUGAAUAUAGCCUGCUUUGGGUGAGAGGAAGAAAAAAAAAAAUAACAUAAGAAGUAAUUUAACUGGGGGGUUUAUACCAUCAUAUUUUUUCAACAACUGAGCAAAGAAGUGUUUUCAAUUGAGCUAUGUAGGUAUAAUUCGAUCUAUGUAAGCAGCGCAGGUAGGCUGAUAUAGACUAGAAUGCUUUUUUAAUGUCAGAAAAAAAAGUAUUCCUCCACAUAAAAAAGCUUAUGGCUAUGAUUCACUUUCAUCAUAUUGUGAGCUUUUGUAAAGCCAUCUAAUCUUGUCCAAAUAAGAGAACUGAAACUCACUGUAUUUACUACAAAAUGUGCUUGAAAUAGGCUGUUUUAUGUGGCAGUGGGGGUGAGUCUUCUUGCUUUCUAACUUUAAAGGAGGGAGCCACAGUUAUGGCAAGAACUCAGCAUGUGGCAAAGCCCAUACAGAUACAGGAGGUAGAGUUGGAGGGGAGGGACACACACACACACACACACACAAACUGCGGAGGUAGUUAGAUAGUGCAAGAUGCCUUUUUCAAUUCAGCAUUUUGAACUUGAGAUACUUUUCAUUUAGGAGGGAGGGGGGAGUCGCAUGGUUUUUGUGGGCUCAUGAGAACAAUGCCAUGACUGAAUACCUGUUUUGCAGAGCUCAGCUGCUCGGGUCUGCUGCUUAGCCUAAAACUGCUUUAACUGAACCUGGAUUUGGAAAAAAAUUACAAAUAAAAUAAAAAAUAGAUUAAAAAAAACAAAGCAAAUAAGCAUUAAUGAUUGGGGUAUACUUCCAGUAUUUCAAAAAUGUAUCUGCAGUGUCUGAAACAGAUGCAAGGAAUGUGCAAUUUGCUUUUUUUGGGGGGGGGGGGAUUUUGUUGAAUUAUGAUGUAAAAUGACUUUGCCAAAAACAGUUAAGAUUUCAGCAUAAUUCGGCAAAUUCUAAUCUGAGAUGCCGUGGCCAUGAUGACAGUGUACAGAGUUGAUGUGAGAUGGGCUUACACCACCCACCCCCUCCCAACCCCCCUCACCCUCCCCUCUUACCCCCACCACCCACCCCUGCUAGUAAGGCCUACAGUAUCUCUCCCCUCCUGGUAAUGCAGACUAGCGCUGUCCAUGGUGCUGAAUCACUUCCCUCCACCCCUGCUUUCUGCCUGUCUCCACCCCCCCCCCCGCCUGUGCACUUGUGUGUGCAGGCCUGUGAGGGCACGUGCAGAGGCAUGCCCCCCUAACUCCCCACCCCUACAUGUGUGUGUGAGGACAAAUGAGAGACAGAAAGAGAGAGAGUGGUUGCGUGACUAUUUGCAUGUAUGUGUAUGACCCCCACCCACCUGCCACCCCACACCCAGAAAUGUAACCACGCCACAGCUUGACCUUGGGGACUAACAUCUCAGCAGAUCUGUGACAAACACUCAUCAUCAUCAUCAUCAUCAUCAUCAUCAUCAUCACCAUCCUCCCUGCAUUUUUGUCCAGUCACCUUGCCCCCCCCUCCCUUCAACUCCCUGUUCCCCGCUCUUCUGUCCAAUCACAGGGAGGGAGGGGGAGGAGGAGGAGAGGGAGGUGGAGGGACUGGGGUAACUAUGUGUCUCUUCUGUGGAGUAUUAUACUGUGCCACAGCCCACUGAUGAUUUGUCAUGAUUUUCAAACGCUGUGUUUCAAAGAUACAUUUAUAUGCUUUGCAAUAUUUGACCUGCUUCUAUUUUGUUAAAUAAAGUGUGGUUGAGGUUGAGUAAAAAAAAAGAAAAAAAAACCACAAUGUUUGGUUUAAGACAUUUUGUCACUGGAUUUGACUCAGUUGGUGUAAUGAGACAUGUGACAGGUUUGAUUUAUCAUGUGUUCUUAUUAUUUUGCAUAAUUUAUAUCCUGAGGGGUUUAUAGAUACUUAGUUGAGAUACACUGCCUUUGUUCUUCAAUGCAGAAAAACUUCAAAAUAAGAGCAGCACAGAACAAUGCAGGUUUUUACAUUAUAUAGCAUCAAGGUAUUUGAUCUUGCUGUAUUAUUAUCAAUCAGGAUCCCUGGAGAAAACAUGACACAUUUAUGCCUCUUGCUGCAGUGCUGGUUGUAUUAUCAUACAGUGCCUAACACUGCAACAUGAAUGUGAGUGUAUUCAUUUGCACUGUCUAUAUACGAGUCUGUAAGCUGUAACUGAUAAAUGGUAAAUACUGGUAAAUAAAUAAUUUACUAAUGUUUUAUAGAUCAGUUAGAAGCCAUUGAAAUAAACAACUUCUUGGUUGCCAGGUUAUGGAAAAUCCUCCAACAGCACAACACUUUGCUUGUUAUUAAUAGAAAAUUAAGCAGUUUAUAAAUGGAUUUUGGUGCAUUAGAUAAGGUCAAACAGCCCAUUGAAGAGGUCUCUCUAAUAAAUUAAAGAGCUAAAAAGACAAGUAAAGUGUUGCUGGAAGAGGAUUCAUCACAAACUGGCAUCCCAGAUGUUGUUCUUAAUAAUGGCUUAUAGCUGUUUUUAUUUCUUAACCAUUAAUAAGAAAUUACAGCUUAUAAAGCAUUCAGAAAUGGUGCCUUGACAGAAAGUGGUACCAAUGUUCUCUCAGGGAUUUAAAGCCAAUUUUCAAGAUGGCUGAAAAAGAAAAAAAAAAAAUUCUCAUAAUUGGUGUAUGAAAGGCCAAAAUUCAGAAACCAAAUGAAUGCUUUUAUUUU